UCAAAUAAAGCCUUGGCUGCAGAACGAUCCUAUUGUCCUCCGUGCGUUCUUGCUGGCGAGACGAAAAGCACGGGACAUCUGGUGCUGAAACCCUGGAGUCGCCUUAUUAUCGCUGGCAUUGAGGGGACGCCCUGGUUACAGGGACCGGAACGAUCCCAUUUGGGUGCCAGAACAACUGACACGAAAAGUGAUACUUCAAAAGAGCAGAGAAGAUGCUGAGAUUCCAGUACUCAGGGAUGCUGAGCCGGAUACUUUGUCUCCCCCUAGUGUUGACAGAGAAGCUCACACUUUGGGCCAUAGCAAAAGCCUGGCCCAUACCACUCCCUGUUCAUUAUAACUCCACCCUGCUGCCUACAUUGUUUUCCACUUCUUGUGACAAUGGUCUCCCAUGAAUUAAGCCGACGGGAGAACCUGCGUCUUUGUAUACAGCCUCAAAUUAUUCGCUCUCAGGAACCUUAUGUUUUACGGUUAAAAAUAGCUCUUUGCCAUGCAUAUGGAUGGGCAAUGGCACCUUGGGCCAUUGGAUAGAUCCUCUCAAGGAUUAUCAAGCCUCCCCAGGCAUCUUGGCAGUGACACUUUCAGAAGUUGGUCAAGGAGCUGCAAAAGGAGAUGGAGGUAGACGCAGUUCUUCUAAUAUUAACGUAACUACCCUUUUAUUUCUACAUAAUGGCCUUAGACCAGGAGAACCGGGAAUUGUUUACACUCAGCAGUUUUUCCCUCAAAAGAUACUACUGCCUAAUUGCAUGCCUUUUGUGAAUUUCCCUCCACAGACGACACAAUGCCAAUCACCUUCCUCUAGAGAUAGGUCAAUUAUCCCAGGAUUUAGUUUCUCUCCACCUGUAGGACAAUAUAGGUUUACUUGGAAUCAUACGGGAGUGCAGAAUACAUGGCCAUGGUAUGAUUGGAUCUUGGCUAAUUAUCAAAAUGCUUUUACCUCAUUAACUCCUCUUGCUCGCCUUAAGGGAGAAGAAUUUUUCCUUUAUAAUAUAUCUGCUGUUAGGAACGUUAAAAGAAGGGCAGUCAGACUUCUUAAUAUAUCCAUAAACUUACUUUUGCAAAACGUGAGUUAUUCCCCUGCCCCGGUUUGCCUCAAACCACCCUUUUUCUUCCUUAUUAGUACUGAUGUGUCUAGUGAUCACCUAGAUUGUAACAGUACCCAUACACAAUGCUAUCUAUCAGAAUGUUGGGAUGGCGGCAACGAUACUGCCUUGGUAGUUCACCUACCCAUGUUUGUGCCCAUUCCAGUUAUAGAAGACCCAGACACUUUCCCUGUAGGACAAUUGUUCCAUGUCAAGAGAGAUUUUGGUAUUACUGCUGCCAUUAUUACAGCCAUUACUAUAUCUGCAGCAGCCGCUGCUACUGCUGCAGUUGCCAUGGCGUCUCAAGUGCAGACUGCAGAGGUAGUGAAUAGUAUAGUUGAGCAGUCUGCAGGAGCCUUACAAACCCAAAAUCAAUAUACUUCCCAUUUAGAAACUGGAAUACGACUUUUGAAUCAGGGAGUAGAUAUUGUACAAGAAGAAACUGAUGCACUUUGGACAAGCUAUCUGCCCAAGUGCAAGAGUAUCUUCGCACUAGAUCUCUGCCUGUCCCGGGGCAUUCAAAUGAGGUCAUGA